UGAAGGGCCGGCGGUGCGACAAGCACGAGUUAAAAGAAAAAAGUUAGACCGCAAAAACAUGUGACUGUACGGAACACGUGAUUGAACGGAACACGUAAUUGAACGGAACACGGAACUAAUAUAUCACGGGCUUUGUCAGGGUUACUUUAAUUUCAUCAAGUUCAGCUCAGCCAAAUGACUUGCCUUGGCAUUGUGUUUUUUCUUUAUAAGCCUUGCGAUAAAUAAAUCCUUGCAACCCUUUCAAAUUGAAAAACGGUCGGCAUCGUUAUGCACACGAACUACUGUAUAGGCUACAUAUAGGAAUCUACCAAUGGACCUAUUUUCAUUUUUUACUUCUGCCACCACGGAGGAACUUUAAUCAGUUCUUGUUUUCAUGGUGACACUUUCACGUCAGUCUCAUCUGGCUCUGAUAUCCUGGAUUAAAGCCAAUUGGGGGCCAGUAUGACGUCACAGUGUGUCAUUAUCCUUAAUCUUAAGUCUUAACCUUUCCAGGUGAAUGAACGGGCGCGAAUGUAGGCCAGUACAGUUGUAAUAUGUAACGAUCGCCUCAGAUCAAACAUAUAUGUUUUUUUAGAUAUAUUUACCCACCGCCUCAAUUUCGCAUCAGACAAGCCUCUAUAUCUGCCACGCACUGAGUGCGCACGUCCCCACAAAAGUGUCACAACCCGCCUGUGCGCACGACAGACAGCCGGGUGCAAAGAAAACACCGGUGGAUGUUUUUCUAUUUGUUUAUUUACAUGUUUUGCAAGCGAAUUGUCGGCUUAGCUUUUAUAGUAUGCAAAAUAAAAAAGAUCAGUCGCUAAGCAAAUAUGACAAGUAGAAUAAGUCAUCAUAAAAGACGUCAUUAAACUGAUACUCACGACAUUUUAAAAUCUAAAAAAAAAAUCACUGAAACCUUUCAACCGUGCACGUGUACAACGACAUUGUUUUCUCUGAUGACACCAGAUGGCGUGGGUGUUGUUAACCGAGACCUGGGGAGUGCGUGGCCCCAGACAGCUGUAUCAGGGGAGUUAUAGAUGGCCGGCAGCUGGUCUGCUACCUUCCAUCAUCUCGGUUCAGGCUACUUUCGAGGCCUUUCACAUGGAGAAGGCCUCUGUUGUACUCUGCUGGAACCGCUUAUACUUUUAUUCACCAUAUGGUCAAUUGGUCAUUGUUCUAAAAGGGUCAUUGUUUAUGGUCGAAUUACCGUAAAAAAAGGGGGGGGGGGACAUUUGAAUCGUACAUGCCGAUUACUUCACUUUUAUUUAUUUUCAGACUCGUGGUAAAAUACACGUGAAGAUAAUAGUAAUAAUAGUUACAGUGAAAUGAAAUUAAUCAAACCAAAAUAAAACGGCAGACUGGUUUUCUUAGGGUAACCAAAACAAAAACUGGGGCCUUUAAAAAGUCUGCCACAUUUGUUUCUCACGCUUGUUUUCACAGUGUAAUCGCCCAGGAUUUACCCCCAUACUAAGUGAAAUAUUUUAUUGAUUAUGUCAAAAAGGUGGGUGACAUAAGGUCAAGAUUGUCUCCGCAUAUUUAACCCUAACUUAAAUAAACAAAUAAUAUAGAUCUCCUUCAGCAGCUUGAUGUUAACAUUAGCAUUUGAAGUGUUCUACAACCGCCAGGUUGCCACAUUUGUUCAUGAGCACGCGCCACGCGCGAGAGUCCUCACGUGCUGACGGGUAUGAAGUGAACUUAUGCAGACCACGAAUGCUUCUAAAAAUAGCCAGAUAAUCUUUAAGUCUCUAUUGGUUUGCUCUUUCAACUUUGCUGCUGUGACAAAACAGUGUUGGAGGGGGAUUUGAACCGAUGCAUAAGGAGGAGAAGGAGACUUAAGAUUUCCUGGUCUCAGUUCGUUGUUGAUGGUGUGUUUGUGACGUCCAGGCGUCCCUGUUAACGCUGCUCAAGGCUCCAGCGCUAUGUUUCUCCCUUAUGUUUACCAGGGCGUGCCCUACGCUACCAGGAGAGCAAAAUUGGUGGCAAGCAACUGCAGCAAGAGCACCAGCAGCGGCCGAGCUCGGAAUGAGCCCGUCCUGGAGUCCAAAGACAGCAAGCCGGUGCCGCCCCCUGACGGCGGGUACGGAUGGGUGAUUGUGGUGGCGAGUUUCUUGAACCAGAUCCUGAGCAUAGGCGUGCCGUUCUCCGUGGGGGUUUACUACGUGGCGUUCUUAGAAGAGUUUCAAGGCAGCAAAGGGCUAACUGCUUGGAUAGGGUCGAUUCACACUGGGCUUUUAUUUGGAGCAGGCCCGCUGGCGGGAGCAGUCAUUAAUCGGUUUAGCCACCGCGUGGCGGUCAUGAUUGGUGGCUUGAUGGGAGCAGUUGGUUUUUUCCUCAGCGCAUUCUCAACAAGUCUGUACUAUCUCUAUGCAAGUUACGGAAUUGUGGCAGGAGUCGGGGUAAGCCUUGUUUACGUGCCAUCAGUAGUUGUCAUCGGAGAAUGGUUCGAACAUCGCCGAAACUUUGCCUUUGGUUUGGCCUCCUCGGGAGUGGGGCUCGGUAACCUGAUCAUGACUCCAGUGAUACAGAAAACAAUUGACAUAUUCGGCUGGCGGGGUUCCUUAUUCAUUACAUCCGGGCUCUUUCUACAGUCAUGCGUAUUUGGUGCCCUGAUGAAACCUCUGAAUGGCGGGAAAGGCGCGGAGAAGUUACAAGGGAAGGGUUUGAAAGAAACGUUUCACACGGAUAUCUUGCACGAGUGGAAGUUCAUACUGCUGGCGAUCAACCACAUUUUGUGGAACAUUGGAUCUCUGAUCUACGUCGUUCUCAUUCCUGACUACGCGCACAUGCACACAGGAACAAACAUGGACACGUGUGCCUUUCUCCUCUCGAUAUUCGGCGUCGCCAGCUUUACUGGUAGAAUUUUGGUAGCUGUGAUAACUAUAAACAAAAAGAUCAGCAGAUUUUAUUUGUUUCUCACUGCAACUGCAGUUACAGGUGUCGCCAUCGCUCUCGUUCCAACCACCAGAGACUACAUUCCGUUAGCUACCUUCAGCGCCAUCUAUGGGUUGUUUUUUGGCAUACAGAUUCCUCUUAUAGCUGCUCUUGCGACUGAGAUGUUCGGAUUAGAGAGGUUACCAAAUGUUUAUGGCUACUUUAUGUUUGGAGAUGGAGUUGGGGCCCUUCUAGGUCCCCCGAUAGCUGGCUGGUUAUUUGACCUGACGCAGAGUUUUGAGGCACCAUUUUAUUGCGGUGGAGGAGUCACAAUAUUCGCGGCGAUAAUCAUACUCCCGAUUUCCCUGUCAAAAUUAUUUCAAAACAGGAAGACCUGCAUUAAAAGUAUUACGAAAAGCGCAAGCAGAGUACCUUUGAAAACGUCCGAAUCCUUUGUGUAGCUCAUUGGCGCCGAUUCGUGCAAGGGAAGUCUCCGUUCUUGUAAGGCAAUCUGAAGCAUAUUGGUAGUCCACGCUGCUACCAUGGCCCAUUCAAGGACACGGUUUCUCGUUUUGGAGGCUAACAGGAGACGUCUAUAUACUUCGCACAGCGAAGGACUUGGAAGUAUCUUUAACACCGUGCGGUAGUCAGUUGCCGAACCAUGUACUGGCAAUUACGUCACAAGGUUAUUUCCUCUUUACAAGACCGCUUCCAACUCUUUAAAACAAUAGAAAUAAAUCCGGUGUGAAAGGAAUGGUAGUCCGCUAGGAACCGUAGUCCGUUCUCCAUUACUUUGCACAGGUGACAUUCGUCCCCUAUGCUAACCCCAAUACUCCGACUAACCUUAACCUAUGUUAAUCAUACGGGAACCCGGACUUCAAUUCCCGGGACUCCCAUUCCUGUUACAUGUACACCGAUUUUUUUUUGGCUGUGGUGAUCACGGAAGCUCCGUUUAAGAUGACAUUCGUACAUAAUAACCAGGCUAUGAAGUUAGGAUACUGAUAAGUAUAAGCCACGAUAUGACAUUGGCCAGAAAUUGGAGAUAUAACUGCUCUAGAUCAAUGCAUGUCGAUGAAAGCAAUGAAAGGUAGCUUCGCAAGGAAUUUGGAAUUUGUUGCAGUGCAGGAAAGGGAGUUGAGGAUUGUCAACGAAGGCAGUAUAUUCUGCAAAAAACUAAAGACAAGCGCAGAUAUACUGGUAACGAGAAUAUUGCCAUUUUGCAAAUAUUUCUCGGGAAUUCAAUAUUUAUUUUACAAGAUAAAGCGAUCGCAACUGUUUGUCUACAAUAAUUCAAGCUAACAUCAAAGUAGUCCAUUUAGAUAAAUCAUGUAUUUACCUGUAACCUCGCCACGUAUUCCUUGCUAUCAAAAAGGUGCACUUUUUGUUUAUUUAUUUGGACUACUACUGAUUUGAUGACACUAUUAUGAUAUUAAUGUUACAUGUACCAUCAUGUUAUCAAAGAUAUGCUAUUAUGUAAACCUGUAGAAUACGCGUAAAAAUCGAGUUGCCAAUCCGUGCCUAAUAACGUCACUUUUCAACAUGUUCUACUAGUAGUAAACAUUUCAUUAGAAAUUUAUUGCCUGUCAGACUGCGUAACUAUUUAUCAAUAGCAAAGAAGCCAUUUAUACGUACAAUUCGUUCGCAACUUUUCGCCUCUUCUCGCGAGACACCACGUGGUCUCGAAUGGGAAAAUCGGCAAAAUGCAAUAUCACUCCGUGGCCGUUACGUCCCACCCAUUAAUCUGUAUUUCUCUUGUUUACAAGGUAUAUUUUUCUAAUUAUUUUCAAGUUGCUUUAUAAUUUUAACGAUCAUAUACUGUAAUGGCGGUUAUAAAAAUUGCCGACUGUUGAUAAAAUGUUAAUUAAUAAAUGGAAAUAUUACGCAACGGCAGGCGACAUGCAGGGUUCUAAGGAAAUUGCAAUAUUAUUUUGUUAAACUUUAUUAAUUUUAAUAAAAUAUACUUCAACCAAAACAUAAAUAUUCUGUUGGUUACCUGACUUGAAUCUAUUCUGUAUCUGUACAUCGUUU